AUGUCUUGUUUGAGCUCGAGCCUUGGACUCUUGUUGUUGCUUGUUGGUGUAUGGUUUGGAUAUAAAUUCCUGAAGAAAAGGAAUGAGAUAAAACGAAAAAAGAUGUUCUUCAAGCGAAACGGUGGUUUAUUAUUAGAACAACAAUUGUCGUCAGGUGAAGUUAAUGUUGAGAAAAUUAAAUUGUUUAAAUCACAAGAGUUAGAGAAAUCUACAGAUAACUUUAAUGUGGAUAGAAUUCUUGGCCAAGGAGGUCAAGGUACUGUAUACAAAGGCAUGUUGGAAGAUGGAAGAAUUGUUGCUGUGAAGAAGGCUAAAAUGGUUGAUGAAAGCCAACUAUCAGAGUUCAUCAAUGAGGUUGUCAUUCUUUCCCAAAUCAACCAUAGAAAUAUUGUUCAACUAUUGGGUUGUUGUUUAGAGACAGAAGUUCCCCUUCUGGUUUAUGAAUUUAUACCAAAUGGAACCCUUUCCAAGUAUAUCACUAAACAGAUUGAAGAAUUUCCACUCACAUGGAAAAUGCGCUUACGAAUUGCCACAGAAAUUGCAGGAGCUCUCUCGUACUUACACUACACAGCUUCCUUUCCCAUCUAUCAUAGAGAUAUCAAGUCUACAAAUAUACUUUUGGAUGACAAGUAUAGAGCAAAAAUUGCUGACUUUGGAACUUCAAGAUCAAUUGCUAUUGACCAAACUCAUCUGACGACAUCACUUGUACACGGCACGUUCGGUUACUUGGACCCUGAAUACUUUCAGUCGAGCCAAUUCACGGAGAAAAGUGAUGUGUAUAGCUUUGGGGUUGUUCUUGUUGAGCUCUUAACAGGGCAAAAACCAAUUUCUUUCCUAAGGUCAGAGGAUGAAGGCAGAAGUCUUGCCACAUAUUUCAUUAUCUCCAUGCACAAAGAUCGUCUGUUUGAAAUUGUUGAUGCUCAAGUUUUGAAGGAAGGAUCAAAAGAAGAUAUCCUAGCCGUGGCAAACCUUGCAAGAAGAUGUCUGAAUUUGAGCGGAAGGAAGCGCCCUACAAUGAGAGAGGUCACAGCAGAGCUAGAAGUGAUUCAGAUGACAGAAAAAACUUCUAAUGGCGAACAGAAUAACUAUGAAGAGGUUGAGAUUCUCAGAACUGAAUCAGUCGAGCUAUGGGAUAUUGCUUCAAGUUCCACGGGAACAGAUGCUGGUCGGGUUUCAUCAUUCCAUGAAAUCCCACUAUUACCUUUCAAGUCAAGGUAA